UGGCAAAGAUCAAGACUUCUGCAUUCUCAAGCUGUUACUUGCACCAUCUGUCACCAAGACAUAUUCAUGGCUCGAGUCGCUCAGCAGUCGAGAAAAUGGAUGCCAGGUUUCACUCUUGGAGUGAGAAUUGGCUCCUAUCUUCUAAGAAGGAGUUUUGUGACAUUAGGGACAGGCAGAGACAAGAGCACUUUUCAACUGGGAAAUACCCCGUACACCCGUCUAUGGCUCCAUUCUCUGCGCAGUCACACAAUGUCUACAAUCGCCAACCGACCCAAACAAGGGGUCAAAGCCGUCCACCUCGCACCCCCCAACAACCGAAUACUUGCUGCACCAACUGUGAGAAGACUACAGUGAACGUGUUACAGAGGAGAUGGAUCUAUUUAUUACAGGGGGUGGUCAUCUUUAUCCUUGGACUUGUCCUGGGUAUCAUCUACUUCUGUAUCCGAGCAGUGACAGCGACGCUCCAGUUCACUGAGACGAUACCUUCCUACAUCCCCUCAAUACUGCUGAUGAUGAGUGGCAUUCUGGCGGGACUCCUAUUUUGGAAGCGUGAAAAUCUGCUGGUAAUUGGGGCACUAUUCCUCUGUCUGGCCAGCACGAUCAUAUGUGUUGCCUGCUCCGUGUUUUCGCUGAUCCAGCAUAUUCCCCUCAUCAAGCGGAUGGUGCUGUGUUCCUUCGAUGAGAUUGCCAGGCAGUGUCACUGUUAUACUGACACUAUAAAAGACAUGACCCUCUACACGUUCCACGACAUUGCCAACUGCCACCUGCUUCACAGUGAUCUCCUCGAUUACCAUUACACACAGUGCGGCCUCUAUAUGGUGACUGGUCUCAUCUGCUUCAUUUCUGCAUCAUUCCACGUCCUACUGCUGAGGUUUUAUACCAGGAGGAAAUUACCGUCGUCCGUCCGAACUCGAUCUCUCUCCAUCCUACAGCCAGUUGAUGUCCAACAUCUUGCCAAUAUUCAACUUCGACAAAGUCACAUGACUGAUUUAAACCAAUCAGAUUCACUUUAUGAAAAUACUGCUGGUGGAUUGGAUAAUCACGGUUAUGACGCGACCACAGGGAUUGAGGUGCUGCCACCUACAGGGAAUGAGGAACCAUUAGUUUACAUUCCCGUUGAUGUGGAACGUCCACACCAACCGAUUCAGCAGGAUCCGUUCUCGCGUUAUAUUUCUCUCCCCGGCGAGCCGCGCGUCUGUCUGCUUGGAAUCAGGAAACGUGAAAGUAUCUUACAGCCUGCUCGAGAGGUGGAAGAAACUGCCGAGGCAGCAGAAACUUUUGAUGAUUUGCCUGUCGGUGCAUCGGCGGAGGAUCUUGCACAGGGUCAAGGUCAUGUUGGUACAGGUCAAAGGUCAUCACCAAACAGAGCAAUUAAUCAACAGAUACUGAAUGGUUUGGAGUUGUAUCGUUUUCAGAAUCGGCGGAAUUCAUUAGCGGACAUCAGAAACUCACAGCCACGUCAUUCUACGCCGUCUGUUGCCCAUAGCGACCGUCCAUCGGCAACCAUUCCAAACCGUCCAAUCAGGAGAUGUCGUUGCCAUGAUCUGCCACGCCGGCCAUUACCACGGCAACCAAUAAACAGUCUGCCACCGCGCCCAAUAACUCGUAGCAGAAAUUUAGAGAAUUCUCUGCCGCGAGUUCCCCGGAGACGAGGUUACCCGUUAGCCCAGACAGUGUCGCCACAGUUACAGGAUUAUCUUGAGCAAUGCAGUCGAUUAAGUCUCGCUUCAGACAUGAUGCCCCAGCAACACCCAGCGAGACUCGGUCAUCUGCAGGCUCCGCGGGCCAGAAGCUGCUACAGUGACGACUACCACGCAUUUCAUUAUCUCCCAGAAUUCUUAGCACUACCAGAGGAGCCACCUCCGCCAUAUAGUCUGUCACCCCCGUAUGAUAAUGAGCAUCUCCCAGGUUAUUCUAGCAGACAUGGUACGGUCCGUAACCCGGGUAACGCGACCAGGACAAGGUUGACACGGGCGUUGAUGCCAGAGACUGAACUUUGAUGAUUAGGAUUCGAUAAUGACGGUCAAGUCAUAUCCAGAAUAUCCUCUAUUCAGAUUUUUAGAUUUUACAGUAUUUUAUAAGAAAUUUCACUAAUCUAUUAGGCCUAAUGGUUCAAUUGUUGAUAGUCAGAAUAUGAUAUCUGUAGGUUGAAGUCAAAGUGAGUUUGGAUAAAUUUGAAAAGUUCCAAGUCGACCAGGACAAUAUACCAGAA